GUAUGCUUUUGUUAAUCUCUUGAUUUCUAGUUUGGAUGUCUUUGUAAAUGUAACCUUAAUCAGGUCCCUAGACAUAUUCUACUAAUCUAGGCGUCUCUUUAAUUAGGAUUGUAUAUUAUAUUGGUCUUAGACCUGGACCUGCGUGCUUUAUUAGCCUUCAGUCGGCUCGGACUAUUCUUUUCAAAUCACUACUGAUUGGUGUGUCCGCCAGGAGGCAGCACGUCCGUUUACUAGGGUAACAUAUAACCUUUGGCAGGACUGAAAGCAAACUGAAAGGAAUAUCCUCCACACACAGGAACUGCAGAUUUCGACUAAUCUAUUUUCAAAAUCCGAGGCAUAGCAUGUCUUCCCAUUGACAUUUUGUUCUUAAAGAUAAAUCAUAUUUUGUAUAAAGUGAACGAGAUUUUUUACUUAAAAAAAAAAUCGAUUAGAAAGUUCUCGAUUAGAAAUGGAUGUUCAGAAGUAUUUUCUACGCAUUGGGUAUGAGGGACCAGCUUUGCCAACGCCGACCUUGGACGCGCUCCAGCGUGUACACCGCUGUCAUCUGAGGACUGUCCCGUUCGAGAAUCUCACCAUCCACAGCGGGGGACGCGUACGACUCGACCUCCCGCACCUCUAUGACAAAAUCGUUAACCACCGCCGCGGAGGGUUCUGCUUCGAGAAUAACGGUCUGUUCUCUUGGCUUCUGUCGGAAAUGGGAUUCGAGGUCACCAUCCUAGCGGGCCAAGUGAGAAACGCCAUCACAGGGUGGUACGGCCCGCUGUUCGACCACUUCAUCUCCAUGGUGACGCUCGAGGGGCAUCGGUGGCUGUGUGACGUGGCAUUUGGUGGAUCAGGGUUCGAGUUCCCCAUGUCCUUAGAGACGGAAGAAGCUCAGAAGCAGGGCCACAGAGUGUACAGGAUCAGACAAGUGGGAGAGAUGCACUUUCUGGAGUGGCAAGAUGAAGAGAGAGAAACUGGGCUCUGGACUGAGCUAUACAAGUUCACUCUGGACACAAGACACAGAGGAGACUUCAUAGAGAUGUGUGACUACCAUCAGAGCUCCCCUAGCUCCAUCUUCUUCUGUAAGUCUCUCUGCUCCAUCCUGAAGCCUACCGGGAGGCUCACCUACAUGGGCCACAAACUCAUCACCACCCAGUUUCCCUCAGAUGAAGCUGGGACUGUGACUAAAACCACCAGAGAGCUGACUGAUGAAGAGAUACCUGACAUACUAAAGGAGGAGUUUGGAAUCAUGCUGGAAUCUCAACUUGUCCCAAAGGAUGAAACUAUCACACCACCCCUCAACAUUUUUUAAAAUGUUUUUCUUUCUUCUUCAUGAUAAACAAGACAGAAACAAAUUGUCAGUUUGAUUUAAUAAAUUAAUAUACAUACACUUAA